CACACUCUCACACACUCACACACACAAGGCAAGCGGAUUGCUCAACGUGACGCGGCGCUGGCUGGCCCGUGACGUCAGGCGAGCUGGCCGGACCAUGAAUCCAGCACGACGGCGCGGCCACGGAGCGCCCGGUGCGGGGAUGACCGCGACCCCGCGCCGCGACCUCCCGGCGCGCCACCCCCGGCGCUCCCCCCGCCCGUGAGGCGUGCGGGUGCGAGGCUCCGGCUUCAGUAGCAGGAGACGCAGCGGGAGACGGGGCGGAGUGGGAGCAGGGGGAGCAGGAGGAGCAGGAGCAGCAGAAGGAGCAGGGGGAGCAUUUGCAGGAGGAGGAAGAGACGGCGCCGCCGCCGCAGCAGCAGGGUAAUCAGGAGCAGAGGCAGAAGAGGAGCUCGAAAGAGCAGCGAGAGAAGCAGUAGUUGGAGCAACAGGAGGGGAAGCAGCAGCAGGAAGGGAUCAGUAACAUCAGGUACAGCAACAGCUGCAGAAGUAAGAGAAACAAGCAGGGCCAAUAUAGGGAGGGCAGCAGCAGUAGCAGCAAGAAGAACAUACAGAGGAAGAGCAGAGACAGGAGUUGCAACAGCGGGAAGAGUAGAAGUGCAGCGACACGAGGAGGAGCGUCGGGAAGAGCAUCUGCAGCAGUAACGGCAGGAGGAGCAGGGGCCGUAGUAGGAGCAGCAGGAGGAGCAGGAGCAGGGGGCAGCAGGAGGAGCAGCAGGAGCAGCAGGAGGAGCAGGGGCCGUAGUAGGAGCAGCAGGAGGAGCAGGAGCAGGGGCAGCAGGAGGAGCAGCAGGAGGUCAGCGGCAGAUGGAGGAAGCGCAGCAACCGUAGGAGGAGCGAGGUUUGCAGCAGCAGGACGGGGUGAGGAUCGGCAAAGCAGAAGCAGCUGAGAGCAGCAGCAGCAGCAGCAGCAGGAAAAGGAAUUGGGGAGGAAUCUCCACGGGACCCUCCACGGGACCCUCCAGGCGAGACCCUCCACGGGACCCUCCACGGGACCCUCCAGGGGACCCCCCACGGGACCCUCCAGGGGACCUCCCACGGGACCCUCCAGGCGAGACCCUCCACGGGACGCUCCACGGGACCCGGCGGAGCCAUGUUCGGCAGCGGGCGUUCUCUGGGGCAGAGCCCGGCGCGCUCCCCGCGGCUGCCGCGGUCUCCCCGCCUCGGGCACCGCCGCGCGGGGAGCGCUGGCGACGGGGCGGGCUCGGGCCGCACCCUCUCCAUGGAGAACAUCCAGUCGCUCAACGCGGCCUACGCCACCUCGGGGCCCAUGUACCUGGGCGAGCACGACAUGACGGGCCUGCACGCGUCGCCGCUGCCCGUCAAGAGCGUGGUGACGCUGGGCCGAGGGCCCGGAGCGCUCCAGGCGCGCCUCUCGUACGGCGGCCGCGUCACCACCAUGGGCAGCAGCCCCAACAUCGCGGCGGCCAGCGGGCAGGUGGAAGCUCUGCACGCAGCCCUGGGGGAGCUGGCGGGACCCGGAGGCCUGGGGCUGUCCGUGCACCACCACCACCAGCAGCAGCAGCACGUGGUGCGGCCGGGGGCGCAGGGCCAGCUGAAGGAGCUGCUGUGCGAGAACGAGGCUCUGAGACGAGAGCUGGACGCCAAGGACAACAAGCUGGGCUCCUCCAUGAACUCCAUCAAGACGUUCUGGAGCCCCGAGCUCAAGCGGGAGAGGGCGCUGCGCAAGGAGGAGGCGGCUCGCAUCGCGAUGCUCCGCGAGCAGCUCCGGGUGGCUCAGGACGAGCACCAGACCAUGCAGAUGACCGUGCACGCCUUGCAGGAAGAGCUCCGCUCCUCGCGCGACCUCACGCCGCUCUUCUCCGCGGACGGGCGCGCGCGCUGCUCGGGCCCCGGCGGCAGCGCGGGGGACCUGCCCUCGGAGGAGAGCGUGCAGAGGCUGCGGGCCGAGCACGAGCGCCAGGCCAAGGAGCUCUACCUGCUGCGACAGACCCUGGAGGAGAUGGAGCUGCGAAUCGAGACGCAGAAGCAGACGCUGGGAUCGCGCGACGAGUCCAUCCGCAAGCUGCUCGACAUGAUCCAGGAGGGGGGUCGCUCCGGAGGGGGGUCCUCGGGGGUCGGCGUGGAUCCCCUCUGCGACGAGGGGGACGGCGGCACCACCGAGGGGGAGGAACGGGCGCGGCACCAGCUGGCGGACGCGGACGCGCAGAUCUCGCGCCUCCAGCUGAUGCUGGAGCAGCGGGAGAGGGAGAACCAGCAGUGCCGAGAGUGCUGGGUUACAGACAGCCACGUGGAGCAUGGCCACCACCACGACUAUGCUCCCCGCAUUCACCAGCCGGCGUGGGCGAGUAUGGAGCUCCACCGGCGCGCCGACCUCGGCUCCGACACGGCCAAGACCAAGGCCCUGCAGACCGUGAUCGAGAUGAAGGACACGAAGAUCGCGUCUCUGGAGAGGACGCUGCGCGACCUGGAGGAUGAGAUCCAGACGCUGCGCUCCAGCGGGGCCCUCUCGCUGGAGGAGCGGCAGGAGGAGCUCAAGCAGAUGGAGGCCUACAAGAGCCACUCCAAGUUCAUGAAGAGCAAGAUCGACCAGCUGAAGGGCGAGCUGUCCCGCAAGGACACGGAGCAGCUGGGCCUGCAGACCAAGCUGGAGACGCUCACCAACCAGAACUCGGACAACAAGCAGCACAUCGAGGUGCUCAAGGAAUCCCUCGCCGCCAAGGAGCAGCGGGCCGCCAUCCUGCAGGCCGAGGUGGAGGCGCUGCGCGCGCGCCUGGAGGAGAAGGAGAGCAUGGUGGCGCGCAAGGUGCAGCAGGUGCAGGAGCUGGCGGAGGAGAAGGGGUCGCUGGGAGGGGAGAUCCGCGACUUCAAGGACAUGAUGGAGGUGAAGGAGCGCAAGAUCAACGUCCUGCAGAAGAAGAUCGAGAACCUGCAGGAGCAGCUGCGUGACAAGGAGAAGCAGAUGAGCAGCCUGCGCGAGCGCGUCAAGUCGCUGCAGGCCGACUCGAGCAACGCGGACACGGCGCUCGCCACGCUCGAGGAGGCGCUCUCAGACAAGGAGCGCGUCAUUGACCGCAUGAAGCAGCAGCGCGAGCAGGAGGACCGCGACAAGCACGAGGAGGCGGAGGCUCACAGGCGCGAGAGCAAGGAGCUCAAGGAGCGCGCCAACACCCUGCUGGCAGAGCUCGCCGACAAGGAGUGCGCCCUGCAGGAGCUGAAGCAGUACUCGGCGGCGCUCGCCUCCGUGGGGAUGAAGAAGGAGGCGCGCCUCAAGGCCCUCGAGGCCGGCCUCGAGGGCCGCCGGGAAGACCUGAGCCGCGUGGAGGCGGCGCUCAAGAAGGGCGGCGAGGAGUCCUCCCUGGCGGAGCAGACCGAGCGGCUGCGCCAGCUGGAGUCUGAGCAGCAGCAGCAGAGGGGCAGCGCGAUGCACGCGGCCGCCGAGACGCAGCGCCUCCUCGACACGCUGCGCCGCGUGGAGGCAGAGGCGCGCGACAAGGACGUGAGGAUAGUGGAGCUUGAGAGGCUGUUGAAGGAGCAGAACAAGAAGAGCUCCAACCUGAAGCAACGGGACCAAGUGGAGAAGCGACGAGGAGGGCAGGAGGACCCGAGGAGGAGAGACAACGUCCCAGGCGAGAGCCCUCAGCUACUCCAGGACGCACUGCGCCGCCGCGAGGAGCGAAUCGAGGAGCUGGAGGAGGCUCUGCGGCAGAGCGCGAGCGCCACCUCCGAGCGGGACCUCGCGCUCGCCCAGGAGGAGGCGGGGCGCAGCGCGGCUCACAAGCAGAGGCGAGGCGCCCUGGGUCCCCCGCAGCGCGGCGGCUAUGAGCCGACAGCGGCCCAGGUGGAGGAGCUGCAGGUGACGCUGGAGCGAUGCCGCCACGAGCUGGAGGCGACGCGCUCGCGCCUGGGCGCCACACAGCAGGCGCUGCGGGACCGCGAGACGCACCUGGCGAGCCUGCGGGCCGAGCGCAGGAGGCAGCUCGAGGAGGUCCUCGAGAUGAAGCAGGAGGCUCUGCUGGCCGCCAUCAGCGAGAAGGACGCCAACAUUGCCCUCCUGGAGCUCUCCUCCUCCUCCUCCUCCAAGAAGAAGAAGGCCCUGGACGAGGUGGGGGGCCUCCGGCAGGAGAAGGACCGCCUCGUGCAGCAGCUCAAGCAGCAGACACAGAACCGCAUGAAGCUGAUGGCGGACAACUACGAUGACGAUUACCACCGAUCACUGGGUCGUGGUCCCGUGUCCAACCAGGGACCGUCUCCUGACCAGGACGAUGAGGAGGGAAUUUGGGCCUAAACAGAGGCGCCGCGCCCACCCGAGCAGCUGUUUUGUUCAGAGGGGAACGGAGUCCCUCCCUCGGGACCCCGUCCAGGGGAACCUCUUCAAGCCCCGCUCCCGGCCUUCCCCCCGGAUGGACCCCGCACGGACCCCCUCAGACCCCAUCAUACCCACUCGGACCCCGCUCUCACAGGGCCCCCCACCAGCCCACCCGCGGCCGCAAGCCUUGAGGG